AAUGACCAAACCAGCAGCAAGCCCUCUCUCACGCACACAUAUACAUAUGAUAUAUCAUAUAUCAAAGUAGUGGAGAGGAGAGGUGUUGUCACACAAAAGCAUGGUGCUGGUUGGCCCCACCUUAGCGGAGAGGAGAGGUGUUGCAACUGCAGGCCUUGUUUAGAUGGGAUCCUUCAUGUGAUUUAUUUGACUUACAGAAGCUAAGUGAGUGCCUGCUGCUUUCUUUUUGCAUGUAUAUUUAUCUCCAUCCUCUUCUUCCUUCUUCUACCACCUCAAGUUCCAAAUCUUUAAGCUCAUCUCUCUCUCUCUCUCUCUCUCAUUUGAAUUCGAAGCUAUGAAGCAAAGCUUCAAAUCAGGAGCUGUUCUUGUUCUCUGCAUUUUUUUCAUCCUUUUCUCCUCAACAUUAUCGACCCGUCUCUUAGCGAACAAAGAAGGACAAGAGAAGGUGCUGCUCAAUGAAAUGGCUCAUGGGGGUUCACUUGUAGGAUUGGAAGGCAGUGAAUUAAUGGAUCAGCUUAUGGGAGUGGAGGAUUGUGUUGAUGGAGAUGAGGACUGUUCAAAGAGAAGGAUAAUGGCUGAAGCUCACUUGGACUACAUCUACACACAGAAACAUAAGCCUUGAUACCCUUCAUAUUUUCCAACUCAAGGGCCUUCAUUUCUUGUUAUUUUCAUAUUCUCCUUUAUUAAGAAAACUUUUGGAGAGCUAAUUACCAGAUUGCAGAUCCUACUUUUAAUAUAAUGCAACAGUUACAUCUAAA